AUGUUGAGUCAGUCUCACUCUUCUGUAGGUGGCCCAUCUGAACAGGGAUACAACAAAGAACAGGCCUUCCAGAUCAAUGGUCCUGGCCCAUCUGAACAGGGACACAACAAAGAACAGGCCUUCCAGAUCAAUGGUCCUGGCCCAUCUGAACAGGGACAUAAAGAACAGGCCUUCCAGAUCAGUGGUCCUGGCCCAUCUGAACAGGGAUACAACAACGAACAGGCCUUCCAGAUCAAUGGUCCUGGCCCAUCUGAACAGGGAUACAAAAAAGAACAGGCCUUCCAAAUCAAUGGUCCUGGUCCAUCUGAACAGGGAUACAACAAACAGUCCUUCCAGAUCAAUGGUCCUGGCCCAUCAGAACAGGGAUACAACAACGAACAGGCCUUCCAGAUCAAUGGUCCUGGCCCAUCUGAACAGGGACACAACAAAGAACAGGCCUUCCAGAUCAAUGGUCCUGGCCCAUCUGAACAGGGAUGCAAAAAAGAACAGGCCUUCCAAAUCAAUGGUCCUAGCCCAACUAAACAGGGAUACCACAAAGAACAGGGACGUAAAGAGCAAGCCUUCAAGGUAAGUGGCCCUUUGCCAUAUAAGGACUAUGAUUUUUUUGAUGAGACUUACAAUGGGGAAGGUGAAAGCGAUUACGAGUUCUACGAUGACGAAUAUUACGACGAGCAACCUCUCGAUGAUGGAGAUUUCCCAAGAAGGCUAGAUGAGGUAGCUGCUGAAGGAAUACGAGGACAAGAUGAAGUUACUGGGGGCGAACUGCAAGCCAAAUUAGCUGCUGAAGGAAGACGAGGGCAAGCCAGAUUAGCUGCUGAAGGAAGACGAGGAGAAGAUGAAGUUACUGGGGGCGAACUGCAAGCCAAAUUAGCUGCUGAAGGAAUACGAGGACAAGAUGAAGUUAUUGGGGGCGAACUGCAAGCCAAAUUAGCUGCUGAAGGAAGACGAGGACAAGAUGAAGUUACUGGGGGCGAACUGCAAGCCAAAUUAGCUGCUGAAGGAAGACAAGGACAAGAUGAAGUUACUGGGGGCGAACUGCAAGCCAAAUUAGCUGCUGAAGGAAGACGAGGACAAGAUGAAGCUGCUGGGGGCGAACUGCAAGCCAAAUUAGCUGCUGAAGGAAGACGAGGACAAGAUGAAGUUACUGGGGGCGAACUGCAAGCCAGAUUAGCUGCUGAAGGAAGACGAGGGCAAGCCAGAUAA